AGUGAGCUACGGAAGUUAAGCGAAGAAAGCUUAACGAGACCGCCAGAAGAAGUCUUUGAUGUUUUGGAAAAGCUGGGAGAAGGGUAAGCUUAAAGGCUAAUCUUUAAUCCGGUUGUGAAAUGAAUUCUAAAAAAUUAUUCUAGAAUUCUGCUCAAUAUUUUUAAUUGUCAUGUUUUCACGUUUAUUUUUGUCCCAGGGGCUAUUCUCGUUAUCUAUCGAAUUUAUAAACAUCGUAAUUAGUUUUUAUUACUUUCUUUGUGGCUCUAAGAACAACACCCACGACAAAAGUAAACUUGAAAUCCCACCAUAUAUUCAGCAUUAAUUUUAGCAUGUUUUGUAUUUUCCUUAACCUAAUUCAUUUUAUUCCUGUUCUUAACUGACAAAUGAUUGACAUCUGUAUGAAAUGUCUAAGAUGAAGUAACAUCUACUCUAUUUAUUUGGGUUUAAGCCAGUUGCGAUUAAAGUGACAAGUAAGGAGAGGGUAUUAAAAAAAAAUAGGCUCUAACAGGAACUUUUUUCUUGCAUAAGCAAACUUUUCCCAUACUUGAAAAUUGUAUGAAAAUGCCCAAAAGUUGUGCAAAAGCCUGAACAUGAGAAAUAAUACUACACUCAAAUUUCCAUUAAGUGGCCCUGUGUUAACUGACCACUUAUCAAAUUCCUGGAAUUUGCUUCCCACAUUUACUAGAAUGACAUUCAUUCUGGAACAAGUUCAUUCCAUCUCAAUAUAUUUUUUUUAUAUUUCGUUUCUGUACAAGACAUUCCAAGAUGAGUUUAUUCCAGUGUUCAAUCUGAAUGAAAUUCUUGUUCUGGUACAAAAUUUUGUUCUGGUAUCGUGUAAACUGAAAACGAACUUUGAUCGGGAUUAGAAUAAUCGCAAAUUGUGUGGUUUGUGGUGAGUGGUACAUGCUAUCUGAUCUGGUGCGAAAACCACGCGAGUGAGAAUGCCUUAGGCUUAGGCUCGAUUUCCGCCAUCUCUCAGGUUCGGCCUUUGAUCCUUCAUGAAGAGGGAUUCUUUUGGGGGAAUGAGUGCAGGCUCAUUUUCCCGAACACUGGCUGGUAAUUGUGCUUACCUUAGGCACAGCCAGUCUAUUUUAUCAAGUGAAUGCAGCAUGAACUUCAUUCUGGAAUGAGACUCACUAAGGAAUGAAUUUCACCCCGGUACAAUGUAAUCAGCCCUGGCCAUUAAUUUGACCUCUAUUGUGUGGUUACCUGCUUAAAGAGAACAUGGUCACCCUUUAGACUUCCAGAUAAAUUAGCCAAAUUAUUAGGGAGUUUAAGAUACGGCCACAAAAAUUUCGCUUGAAAAGUGAAUUAGCUUUCUUUCAAUCUCUAUUAUGAUUACUCCAACUCAUUUAAUUUGCGAAUGCAAGCAAACCCUUUUUGAGCCAAAUUCUUAGGAACCAUAUUCAAGUUCAGAAAGGGAAAGGAAAUAUUGCCAUCACUUGUUUACGUCCUCCAUAAAACAUAAAAUUAGACAUUUUCCCUGCAUAUGCAGAAUUGUUGUUUUGCCUCUACAACCUACUGUUUUUUUCAACAUUCCCAUUGUCAUGGCUGACUUGGCAUCUUACAGUCCCUAUUGGCCAAGUUAAUGCAACUUCAUCUCAGUCACCUAGUUACACAACAAGGUGAUGUUUUGACACCACAAUAAAUGAAACAUGUCCACUUUCUUCUAAAAACCUCAUAAAAAUACAUUAUGAUCAACAAAUUAAUACUUCUGUAGCACAGUUAAACCUAGGUGGGUCCAGCGCGGUUGGCAGCCACAGUGCAUGUUAAGACCCUUUGUACAUGACAAUAAAGUUUACAUUGAAGUUAACUCCAGGGAAAACUGUAUCCUUUAGGUAUUCACUCACAAUAAAGCUCAAGAACAAAAUAUAUAUUUCGCCCUAGACUAGAACAUUUCCGCAUUCCAAGGUCAUGCCAAGUGAAUCAGUCAUUUUGUGUGGAAAAUUAACAGUCUAUACAAGAUGAAGUGUUUUUUCUAUCCUAUUUUGUGUACUUGUCACUGCUAAGAAUAAAAUCAUGUGUAUCAUUAGCCUGAGAAAACAGCUGAAAUUUCACGACCCUACUACUGGGUUCCCUGCGAAAUCACGUCUGAGAAACGAGUGCAGAAAUUCCAUACUGAUGGUGCGUCACUACCCAUAUCUGAGUAGUGCUUCUGAUUGUUUGAAGCAAAUUUCCCAUGCAGCAUGACCAAUCAGAAAAGCAGUACCCAGAUGGUAAUAAAAUUCAAGUAUUCAACUAUGCAACCAUUGAGAACUUAAAACCUUUGAACUUACUGGACCCCUCAAGAAACAACCCUCCAAUUUAGGCAUGUUAUUGGUCUGUUUGCAAAAAAAAAUUGAGAAUCUUUUGUUUUCAGAAAAAGUUGUGAUUGGACAAUCUUCUUCCCAGUGUCCCAGAUUAACUGUCUGCGCUGUAAUAGGUUUAAGAGUUAACCCAAAAGGAAAUCAUCCUCCUCUUUCCUCCACUUUUGUAUGGGAAGUCCUGUUUCUUAUGUUGUACAUGGACAAGGUUGUUCUAGCUAAGUUUUGAGUCAAUCUGUAGACAUCUCAGUAGACACUAUAUUCUUUUUUAUCAAUGGCCUUUUUUUUGACAGGUCUUAUGGCUCUGUAUUUAAAGCAAUGCACAAAGAGACAGGACAGGUUGUUGCAAUUAAACAAGUUCCAGUUGAUACAGAUUUGCAGGAAAUUAUCAAAGAAAUAAGCAUGAUGCAACAAUGUGAUAGGUACAUGAUAUAAAAUAAAUUCCCGUCCACACUCUAUGUUUUUGCGUUUUUCUAUUUUUAAUUAAUUGAUUAUGAUAAAUUUGUUCUUUAUUAACUUUAAAUUCUCUUUUUAUAGCCCAUAUGUUGUUAAGUAUUAUGGAAGCUACUUCAAGAACACAGAUCUUUGGGUAUGGUUAACCUGUAGUUUGUGUUGUUUGUACAGAUGAGUAUGUGUAUUUGUACCUAAGAGAAUGAAAUAAAUUCAUCUGUUAAGAACAACCCACAAAGCCUUACAUGAUACCCACUGGCUGAGCUAUUUAACUCUGGCGAGAAGCCAAACUACCAGGAAUCUACACUCAAGUGCUAUACUGCAACUGGUCAUGCCUCUUGAAACAGGAACUUUUCAAUACUCAGCCUCCAUGUUAUCCCUUUAGGUCCCAAUAGUGACCAACAUCAAUUUUCUCCCAGCAAUAUCCAUACAUUGUCAAGAGAUAAGGUUGUGAGAAUUAAUAAAAUGAUCACCUGAGAGAAAAUGCUUUGAUCUUUUAUCAAAUUCUCUCAACACAUUCUUUAAUAAAAUGUAUAGAGAUCAGUUUGGGGAAUUUGUAUGUGUAUAUUGGGGCUUAAAGGGUUAUUCAACAGUUCUGCCAAAUGAUAUCAAACUUGAGACUAAUGCUAAAACAUUAUUUUGUGAGAAAAGUUUUGAAAUUACUUAAAACUAAAGCUGAAUCCAGAUAAAAUUAAUUUUUUUGUUUAUUUGACAUAUUGCUUUCAAUUUUGUCUACAUGUACUUUCACUUAAUUUUUAUCCACAUUACACAUGUAUAAAAUAAUAUAUUUCAUAAGUGACAUAGUCUUGAUGAAUGCAGAGCUACACCGUAGAAAAGUCAUCAAUAAACCAUUAUUAUUAUUUUAUUAUUAUUAUUAUUAUUAUUAUUAGAUUUAAAAAGUUAUGAAGAGAGUGAAACAUGAAUAUGAAUAACACUGUUGUGAAUUACUCAUCAUUUGAACUGAUUUUUAAGGGUGUUUCUAACUUUACAUGACUUUCUUAGAUUGUUAUGGAAUUCUGCGGUGCAGGAUCUGUUUCAGAUUUGAUGAAAAUAAGGAAUAAAACUGUAAGUGGAGAGUAA